GUUGGACAGGUGAUGAUGACAGCAGAGAGCAGCCCUCUGAGCACACACGUGUACAACACCUGUGAUGGGGUUCCAGGAGCCAAAAUGGACCUGAGCCUUCAUCGCCUGGACUCCAAACUGAUGAUCUGGACCAUGAUCAGCAUUGGGACAACGAAUGAAAAAGGCUGCUGUCACGGACUGAUCAGCCAGGAAGCGUUCACCCCCGGCAUGUACAAGCUGCGCUUUGAGACCGGAUCAUACUGGGAAAGUCUGGGUCAGACAUCCUUCUACCCAUAUGUAGAGGUGGUGUUCACCGUCCGUGAGCUGUCCCAGAGGUUUCACCUCCCUCUGCUGAUGAGCCGAUUCUCCUACAGCACCUACAGAAGCUGAAAGCUUCUCCAAUAGCAGAUAUUUAACAUUUUGCUGUCUUCAGUUAUGGGUUAAACAUGUAUGUACAAGUCUAAUGUUCGUGGUUGUCACAUGUUUAAUGGUCAUGGUUUUAAUUGUUGGGACAAAAAUAACUACCAGUAAUUUAACAGGUAGCAUGACAGAACAGUUUUUACUUAUUGGAGACACACAAAAAAAAGUUGUAUUUUCAUACAUCGAAACAUUCAAAUAACAUGUUUAAAACUAAAUUACUAAUUUCUUAGAAUAUGAUUUAUCAACAUGCAAUAAGAUGAACUAACUGUACAAUAAACAAGUGAUUCAGUCAAAGAA